AUGGCAGACAACCUUUGUGGUCCAUCCAAUGCUUUGCAGAAUUUCCAAAAGCAUUCGAAUGUUGACCGCACCUUACAACAAGAUCGAUUAGUUGGGCGAGCAUCGCCUUCGCAAGGGUUCCGAAAUUCUUUAGGUCCAAAUGCAGGUCAGCUAGAUGCUGAAUUCGCAGCUUUUCAAGCUGGUCACCAAACAUUUAGUCCUUCUCCAUCGAUCCAAAACUUUUCUCCUCGACACUUUCAAACUCCGUCUCCUCAAUCCUUUCAAAAUGCACCAUCACAAUUCGCCGCAGGUCAAGGAUGGGCUACCGAUUUUCAAAAUAUGAGCAUAUCCGGUCCUCAGGCGCAAUUUCAACAACAAGAAUUACAUCAAACGAAUCAAUCGCAAAUGGGCGGUGGAUGGCAUCAGGAGUUUGCGCAAAGUUAUGGAGGUUCGGGAUCAAUCGCGCAAGGGAAACAACCUGUUAUGUCAAUGAAUGGUCUGAAUGGUCCUUCUAUGAUGAAUCAUGGAUACAAUCCAAUGCCGAGAGUUCUUAUGCAACAAAAUCAACUUAUAUCCACAAGACAAUCAUCGGUGGAAAACAAUGAAGCUUUUGAUGAUGCGGCAUUUGCUAGAGCUUUUGACGAAGCAGCUAAUGCGGAGAUGGAGAGAGCGCGAGAACAGGAGCAAGAAUUGGAAAUAACCAGAGCUCAACAGGAGGCCGCGAUAGUUUCGGAACAAGCAAAUGCCGAUCAAAAAGCAGAGUUUGACCUCGACAGAGCGGAAAACGAUCUUCUCAAUCAAGCUCCGGUCGGCGCAGACACCAUUCAGGAUCCCGCAGUCGCAACAAUCGAAGAGAACACACAUGCGACAGACGCCCUAUCACGCACAGCAGGUGAACUCCUAUCGAGUGUUAGUGAUAAUCAAAGCGAUAAGUUUCAGAACAGUCAGUUUCUUCAACUUAUGCGACAAUUCCGGGAUAAAGAGGUUACAGUUGAGGGGGAUCAAGUGGUGGGUACACCUAUGAAAGGUAAACAGGGUGUUUAUGAGAAUGGAAAUGAAGGAGAAUUUCAUGAUAUGGUUGGAGCACCCUAG